AUGUCCCAGAAGACCUUCCUCUGAUUGGAUAACGGUGACGUUUGGAUGGGUGUGGGAGAUUAUAAAUGGUGGGGAAAACGUUUGUUGUUUGUUGUUUGUUCAAACAUUAUAACGGUUUGAGUCUCGCUAGUUGCAGGCACCCUCGCCAGAAAGUCGAGUUUGUUACCUUAUUUCUGUCCUUUUUCCAAGAUGAACAGAAUUAUUCUCCAUCUUUUUGCACUCGGAUUCUGCUUUGCAGUCGUUCAAGCUCUGACGUGCUACAAAUGCGACCUCGGCUUCGGUGACUUGUGCUUUACCACCACAACUACAUGUAACAGCGGAGAACAAUGCUUCAGUGGUGUCGGGAAAGCAGCUAAAGUCUUGGAUAUUAAGACAAAGGGCUGUUUAGCAGUGGCCAAUUGCAACUCAACCGAACAAACGACCUUCGGCAACAACACCGUCUACAGCCUGACCAAGACAUGCUGCAACACCGACCUGUGCAAUGCUGCGCCCGGUCUGCCCGGGACCUCUGCUCUGAACCUGGCCCUCACCACCAUCACUGCUCUGUUUGUGGCCAACGUCCUGGUUUGAAAGAAAAUACAGCGGAAGAUGGAUAACAGUGUACACACACACACACACACACACACACACACACACUUAUUGCGCACACACCAGCACUACAAGGAUUAAAUGCUCUCUCCUCAGACAUGUUUUUUUUUUUUUUUUUUUUUUAAAUGUAUGGGUCUUGUGGUCACGAUUCUUCAUGUGUAUUGUACUUCACACAAAUAAUAUCAGUUUAAAUUUAAAUUCCCGUUUUUGUUUAGAUUACUCAGUAAGCUGUCCCGGUCCUCAUUUUACUAUAAGAGAUAUUAAAUUGUUACUUGACAAUUUGAAGUGUAACACAAGACAUCAAAGAUGAUACAAGUAGUCCACCACUUGUCUGACAUGCCCUGUAAUUUACUUUCUCCACUUGAAAACAUGUGGAAUUAAGUUCAGAUACAUGAAUCACAUGGUAGGCAUUUCACUGCGUGACUAAAUUGUUUUUGUAGGUGAAUUAGUGCAACACAAAGGAAUAGUUCCAACAUUUUG